UUUCGAGACGAGGGGGUGCUCCUGUACUUUUGUCGUUAAUUGUGACGUUUCAACUUAGGUUUAAUUCCUAAAGGGAGAAACAGGGACAUUUGGGUUCCGUUCAGGACUGCUUCAGCAGGUUAGACUACCGUUGGCGUAACACCAGGCAUCGGUGAAUAAUUCCUCUCUGCGCAUUGCCAAAUCUUAUCAUUCGGCUUGCACGUUCAUGAUGUACAUUCAUCCAUCCUAGUCAAUAUUUUCCCGGCCCAGUGGAAAAAGCAGCAGUGACCUUUUCUGUCAAACAGGACCUGACCUAGACCAGAGACACGCGAGCAGCCACCAUGGACGAGUAUUUCAGCCUGUCCGAGUGCGACGUGAUCGGGUUUGACUUGGAUCACACGCUGUGCCGGUAUCAUCUGAAGGAGACUUCUCGGCUGAUUUAUGAAAGUUUUGCCAGGUUCCUUGUUGAACAUAGAGGUUAUGACAAGGACCUGCUUCAUCUCACUCCAGCCACAUGGGACUUCUGUUUCAAAGGUCUUGUGGUCGACCUGGAGGAUGGGAACCUGGUCAAGCUAGCAGAGGAUGGCACCGUUCUGAGAGCUACACAUGGGACGCAGAACCUGAGCACAGAAAAUAUUAUCAAACAGUACGGCCCUAAAAGAGAAUGGAAGCACUUCAACAACCUGAACUCAACCUUCACAAGAUCAGCUAAAUACUAUUUCUAUGACAACUACUUUGACCUGCCUGGUGCACUUCUCUGUGGACGAUUGGUUGACUUGUUGCAGAAGAGAGGAAGUGAGGUGAAUGCAGAUGUUUGGAAAGACAUGUUAGCUGCCAUCGACCACAACUACAACACCUCUGCGUUCAAAGAUGAUUCAGGGACCUACUUUCCCAGCGUGAAGAGGGACCCAGGGCGGUACCUGCAGCCCUGCUCUGAUUCUGUGAAGACCUGGCUACAGAGCAUGAAAAGCGCUGGAAAGAUUCUGCUCCUUAUUACCAGCUCCCACAGUGACUACUGCAGACUCAUCUGUGAACACAUUUUGGGGAAGGACUUUGAGGAGCUGUUCGAUGUCAUCGUAACCAAUGCUCUUAAGCCAGGUUUCUUCUCACUGGUGCCACAGCAGAGGCCAUUUAAGACAAUUGUGAAUGAUGUAGAGGAGAAUGAGGACUUGCCAUCACUUGAAAAACCAGGCUGGUACUCUCAGGGAAACUGGCUGCACCUCCAUGAGCUGCUCAAAACCAUGACUGGAAAAGCCAAACCUAAGGUUGUGUAUUUUGGAGAUAGCAUGAGGUCAGACAUGUUCCCCGCUAGCAGUUUUGGUGAGUGGGAGACAGUGAUGAUCGUGGAGGAAAUGGAGGGUGAGGGAGUCCCAAAGUGCCAACAAACAAAGCCCACUGAGACUCAAGUAGAGCCACUUGAGAAAAAAGGCAAGUUCGAGGAACAGGGGAUGAAGCAACCGUCCGCCGCAUCCAAUCAGUGGGGUUCCUACUUUGUCGAUGUCCUGCAAACUCCACGGAGUGGGGGUGAGGAACAGCAGAAACUGACCUGGUGUUGCCACUGCAUUCACAAGUACAGCACAAUGGCUAUACCCAGUGUGGAACACAUUGCAGACCUUCCAUUGGAUUACAAAUUUAAGAGAUUUUCUCCUGACAAGCCAUGCACCAAUGGCUACUACCCCAGACCCCCAGAUUCUCUACUGAAGAGAUUUGGAAACGUGUCAUAGAGGACAUCCCACCACUCCUCUUCCUCCUGGGAAUUCCUUCAUUUUUGUCUCAAAUGCCACCAUUUAUGCCUACUGAAGUGUGAGGAGCUCGUUUUUCCAUAUAAACCGUGAGAAUGUUAGCCACUAACACCUGUCAUCGAAACACCUCGUAGUAUUGUGGAUCAAUGUAAAUAUUACUAAAUAUGUGUGUCAGUGGGUUGUAAUGUAGUGUUCUGUGUGUGAGUACUGUGGGAAUACUCUACAACUAUAAGUAAAUAAAUUAACAACAGUUGAAUGUCUCCCUAUCGCUGAUGUGAUUACCUCAAUAAAAUGUUUGAGUGUCUGCAGAACCAAUGUGCCCCCUAAAGCAUUGAACUGAGAUUUCAACACAUGGUACUAGUGUAGGUUGAGCGGGGAUGUCGCGACUGCCGUCCAUUGUGCAUCCAUUCCAGAAAAUAUCGAUGAUGCAGGUGACUAUUUUCUAUGUUGUUUGUUAUUGUUCAUUCGAACGGUGUAUUCUCAAUGUAAUUCCGACACAACAGUUUCACUGGUGUCUUGUGACGGUGUUGUCUAUGUAUUGAAGAGGUUAUAUAUUUCAGGAUUUCAGUUAAGGCUCAUGUAAUCAAACGUCACUUUUGAAUUGAUAUAUAUUACAUAAAAGUAUAUAUUUUAAAACUGCUCGGUUGACAAUGGUGAUUUUGCAAUAAAAUAAUAUCCGAUCCUCAAAAAUGUGGAAUUCUAAAUUUGGAAAGUUCAAGUUGCAAGGCCCGGGCAUUACACAGGUAUGACGAGUAAUAUCAGUAAUGAAUGGACUGGAAUAUGAACUGCUGAAUCACUACCGUAUCUGUUUUUUUUUUUUUUUUAAAUAAAGUCCAAUUGGCCUCGCUGCUCCUUAGCAUAACAGCAUGCUAAGCUUCACCUUUCACCUAUAAGCUCAUCUCUCACACGAAUACAAAUCAAAAGGAGUAUGAUUGGAAGAAAAAAAAGGUAUCUAUUUAACAUAUAUUUGCAUUGAUGCCAUAUAUGCCAUCUACAUGUAUUACUUCAUAUUUGAAUUUGGGAUGCACAAAUCAGUAAAAUAAAUCUAAAUCGAUAAUGUAAAGUAUUAGCAAUGAAUGUGUGGGGAGGACUGUCUUCAUUGUGCCACAAGAUCGUAGUGACGGCACUUAACAAAAAAUAAAUAAAUAAAUAAAUAAAGACGGAGCAGAUGAAUAGGAAAAAAUGUUCAUGGAGACCUUGAGUUGAGACGCCAGUCACAGGAGACAUCACCAAUUUCACACACUUUGGGGCUUUCGAAGAGUUUGAAGUGCGGGGGUCUUGAGGUCGUGUGAAUUUGUUCACACUCUUGUGUCCACUUGUCAUUCUUGUACAGUGUUGCAAAUGAUACAUGUGGUGCUUCAUUAUUUCGCCGCAAGCUGAUGGAGCUUGAGUAAUUGCUAUUAUGCACAUUUCUUUUCACGUGUGUCCACAUUUAAAUCAUCAUUGAUGACCUUGAGUUCUUCAGCAACAACAUAUUGCAGCACAUCUGACUCAGAACACUGCUUGGAGAUCUCCUUCUGUCAACUCCUUACACUGACUGUGUGUAUAAGACUGAAUCCAUCUUUCAUUCUCAUGUUUGGAGUUCCUAGUGACAGAUAGAAAAAUGUAACGUCUUAAAUCGACAGUUGAACGCCACCAGCCAUAAUGUUAUGGCCAUAAUCUUGAGGUUCACUGGAUGUAAAGACUGACGAAACGUCUGAAACUCUGGAGAGACACACUACUUGAUCUCAGUAAAACAAGAUCAUAAAUAAAUAAAAUGGAGCAAAGCUUUCAAA